AUGUGUAUUGGUCGUUUUGAUGUAGGUGGAUUUUUCUGUGUUGAUCAUGGCCAAUGUCGCCAUAAUACAACAUCAUCAUCCUCUUUGAUUUUAAGUGAUGAUGAAGCAACAUACUCACCACAUGUUGGUUAUCGUUUAUAUUAUAUUGAUCUAUUUCGUUAUCUACUUUAUAUAUCGGCAUUUUUCAUUCUAUUCAAUUCAUUUGAAUUGUAUGCCGAUGAUUUUUUGGAACUAUAUCGUAUGGACAAAAAAUCGACCGUACCAACAUCAACAUUUCUGUUUUUAGUGGGCAGUGUAAUGGCUGUCGGUAUGAUCUAUUUGUUUAGAUUCGAUGGUCUUAUCUAUAAAUUGUUCAUAUUCAUAAGUCUAAUUUCGAGCAUAUUGUUUGGCCGAUGGUUGUUGGCGCCCAAAUUUUCAGGUGAUAGUGUUGUACGUUUAAUACCAUAUUAUUUCGGUUUAUUCAUCUCUUUCAUCAUAAUCAUUAUGGUUAUUUUCGAAUUGAACGAUCUGACUAUUGGUUUUGGUGGUGAACAACAAAAACAUAAACCAAUCAAACAUUGUCAUCACCAUAAAAAUAAUGAUUUGUCUGAUGUUGAAAAAAAUAACAACACCAAUUCUAGUAGAAGCAAACACCAUUUCCAUAACCAUCAUCAUCAUCACCGUCACAAUUGUCGUUCGCGAAAUCGACAAAAUCGUCGGACAACAAAACAACAACAACAACAACAGCAACCAAACAACGAUCAUUAA